AUGAUGCAGAGCAUCCAGGUGAACUCACCCAAGAAAGUGGUGCGGAUGCAAGAAGGAAGUGACGAAGAUGAAGAAAACGAAAAAGAAGAAUACCUCAUCACCAAUCUUACCGAAAAGAAUAAAAAUAUGCCUAGUCUUAUAGUCCGUAUUCCAAGUAACAUGAAUAAAUUUUUAAGCAAAGAAGAGGUAAAAAUAAGCUUUAAUGAAGAUAUUAAACUGCCUAAUAAAAAGGGGAGCAAAAAGUUGCGCUCCUUUAAGAUGGAGCCAUCUCCAACAGGCAUCUGUGAGCAAGUGAGUGAGAAAACCAUGGAAAAUACCUACGCGAGUUCCGAUAUCAAAGUGGACAGUACGUACCAGUCGGAUGGGACAGAUGGAGGGGUUACCCCUAGAAGCGGGUUGGUCCACGAAGGGAGCGACCGUGAAAGCAACGACGACAACAACGAUGACGACAGUGAUCAUGAUAGUAACGACGACGAUGAUAGUGACGAUGAUGACGACGAAAUGAGUGAGGGACUCAUCAAGACAUUCAAACAGAACUACGUGGAGAAGCACGAAAAGGACACAGGCAAUGAAAGCGUUACCUUCCUAAGGGAACACACAAAAAAUGAACUAGAAUACUUUCUUCAAAAAAAAAAAUUACACAGUUCAUACGAAAUGAAUAUAAAUGACAUUAUCAACAUCGACUAUGAUAAGCUCAACGAGAAAAAUAUCAUCCCAUACUUUUUAACGAACAUGUUCGAUGCAGAACAAAAGAAGAAAAGAGAAAAGUUGAAGCAACUAUUGGAGGCCAAGCAGAAGUCCAUUCUGGAGAGAUCAAACAGGAGGCAUAAGAAACAAAUGGAGAAGGAAGUCAAGGGCCAUCAGAAGGGAAAACACAGGCGCAGUUCCAAGGGGGACAAACAGACGAAGGGCGAGAAGGUGCACAGUGCGAAAUUGAAAAAGGAGAAGGGUAAAAGUGGAAAUGUUGAUGAGGAGGAUGAGGAUGAAGAAGAAGAAGAAGAUGAUGACAACAACAAUGAUGAUGAGGAGGAGGAGGAUGAGGUGGAUGAGGACGAUGACGAUGGCGACUAUGAGGAUAUCUAUAGCAGGAAGAGCCAGUCCGAUGAGGGAGACGACUCGUACGAGCCUGUCCCAACCGGCGGAAAGCGGAAAAAGAAGCAGGGGGCCAAGCUAGUCGGGUUAAAGGAUAAGAGGACACGCACCGAAGAGGGAGACAACGAACAGGAGGAUACAUACCUGGACGACUUCGAUAAAAAUGUCGACGUAGACGCAGAGGUUGAUGUGAAUAUUUACAACGAUCCGACGCUGUACGGAAUCGAAGGAAGUAGUGACUACACGGAUGGGCUAAAGAGCGACGCAGAAAACUCGCAAGAGGAAGAAGAAACAAAAGAACAACAACAGACGGGAAGCAAUUCAAAGGGAUCGAAAAAAAAAAAAAAAAAUGUAGAGGAACUAGGAGAGGAUGAAGAAAAAAUAGAUGAUAUAAUAGAUACAGAAACGCAAAAAUUAAUCUCCUAUGAUUAUUAUUCCAGUGUAAAUAUAAAGGAGGUGGUAAAACCCAGUUAUAAAAUAAAAUCAUUAACCCCAUUUAUUCCCAUUGAAGAAAAUAUCGACAAUUUAGAUCACGUCCAAAAAUUGCAAUACCUCAUUAAAAAUCUGCCUCACACACAUAUAAAAGAAAAGAGGUCUCUCUACCACUACAAUAUUAAGCAGUUUAUCAAGUGGAAAGUGUAUCUAAUGAAUAAUAUAAAUAUUUGUCUUUACGGAAUAGGGUCGAAAUAUCACGUGCUCAAUCUCUUUUGCAACAUAUGUCUAAAUGACGGUAAUAAAUGCAUUGUUUUAGGAUUCGAAGAAGAAAUAAAUUUUGAAGAAAUAAUAAUACGCAUAUUGGAGUACCACUAUAAGUACAAAACAUCAAAAAAUUUAAAGUCCUUUGAUUUACUCUACGAAUUAAUACAUAAAGUAAAUGAGACCAAUAUACCCCUUUAUUUUGUUAUACAUAAUAUAGAUAACGUAAAAUUAUACCCCUACUAUGAAUACUUUUCUUUUAUGAGUCAAUAUGAUAAUAUUCACUUCGUUUGUUCCAUUGAUGAUGUUUCCUUUGAGCUUAACAUGAACUUUAAGAAUAUCAGCUCCAUUAAUUUUCACUAUGUCAAGUGCCACACGUGGUUAGAUUAUCGUCACGAAAUUUUGAGGCAGUGGAAUAAAUUCCUCCCCGAAUGGGUCUUCAAUAAAAAGUGCGAAGAAGUAGAUGUCAAGAAAAACAUAGAAACUAUAUUAAAUGCACUUAGUAUAAAUCAUAAGAGACUCUUUAAAAUCAUUGCAUCCAUCCAGUUGGAAAACCUGGAAAAGGGCAUCUAUGGCGUGGAAAAAGAGUCCUUGCUCCAAGAUAAGCGAAUAUUUACCGUCGGAGCGUCCAGUAUCAGAAUAAAUUCCCUUCUUGUUGAGUUCGUGUCCCACAAUGUUAUUACCGAAACGAGGCUCAAGGAAGGUAACACUUUCCUCAAAAUAAAUGCAGACAAGGAGGAACUCAAGAAGGUAGCUGAGCAGUUGUGA